AUGUCGCUUCCGCCAGAGCUACGCCUCUUAUGCUUCCAGCUCAGUGCAACACCGACCACUGAUCUUCCUCGGAUUGUUCCAAAUCUACAAAGAUAUGUUCUUCGCUGCCAGAAACCACUAUCAACGCUGCCUCUCAGCACUCCGAAGGCCGAUGCGAGUGCCGCUUCAGUGCUCGUACACAAGCUGAAGACGCAGCUUUCGAGCCUGAUCAAUGGGAGAAAUCCCGAAGGAAGAUUUGCAGCAGCCGUGCUGAUCAAGAGCGUCAUUGAGGUUGGUGGCUGGGAGGUGUUGCGCGGAGCGGAAUCUUGGGUUCGAGGGUUGUUGUCUACCUUAGCAAAACCUGAUCCAGACGUGACCAAAGAAUUAUGUAUUAUAACAUUGACUAAGAUAUAUUCCAUGACCCAUCAGUAUCCAACUCUGAUCCGGGAAAUCACGACUCCAACCUUGCCAGGUUUCGUAACGUCGUGUCUGACUCUCAUUAGCAGUAGCAAGUUGCCUUCGUUAACAGAAACGAUAUUUCGCUCAUUUUCCACGCUCUUGCCGCAUCAUACUACUAUUUAUCGCCCAUUUGCAACUCAAAUUCGAAAUGUUACUCGGCCUUACCUGGCACCAACCGUCUCUGAAAGUCUUCUUGUGCCUCUCUCAUUGCAGGAAAGUGCUCGCCGUCUCGCUGUUCUUGUACAUCAGACAGCCGCUAAAAAUGGCGGUGGAGAAGAAUGGGGCAAGGCAUUUCGAGCCAUUGUCAAGGCAACGCAUAACACCGCUGAUCAUGUCUUUCGAGCAAUCAUCGAGGAUUGGGAGUCAGUAGCUGGAUAUGUUCCUGCGCAGAUAGAUGUGAACAUGGCGCUGGGUGGCGGUGGACAAACGGAGGAUGACUUUCCCGGCUGGACUGGUAUUGUUUCUGGAACAGACCGGUUGACCGGGCUGAUACAAACAAUGAAUUCGUACCUGUUGUACGAAGCGUCGGUCUCCGUUUGCGUCCCUCUCGGUGGUGUCAUGGAUGUGAUUACUAGAAUGCUCUCCAUUGCCGCCCCUUCAGAGUCGUCCGCCAGUCUCGGUGGGGUCCGACUCCAUCCCGGUGUCGACCGAGAUGAGAGAGAUGGGCUGUGGAGUGGCAUGCCUCAGAUACAUGUUGCAACUUUAGCGCUGGUCAACACUCUUGCGGAAAGGAUGCCAGAGAGCCUUGUAACUAUCGCACCGAUUCUGCUCGAACAGCUAGCCUGGCUUUUCCCACUGGGAAGCACCACGCCGGAAUUCCGGACGGCCUUCUACCCCGCUGUCGCUGAUCUUCUUUCUCGUGCUGGUCGCAGUUUCAAUAAGUUACAAGUCGGUAAACUUGGAAAUGUAAUCCGCGCAUGUUGUAAGGAUAUCCUGCCGCAAGAAACGGAAAGAAACUCAUUUACACCUGGCGAGACUCUUGGAAAGAAGCCCUAUGUAAAUGGGUCAAGCAACCAGAAUGCCGACACAUUUUCCCAGCAGAACGGUGGCCUCGUAGUUGAGUUUGGCCAGUCAGAUCUACGCGUAUCUGCCACACAACUGCUACCAUUGUUUUUAUCGCAUCUACUACAACAGCAUUUGGACAUCUCGAUGCGAUCUCUAAUAGAGAGGACUGCUAUUCUAUCAGGGCACAAGGAUGCUAUGGUUGCCAGCAUACUCAACCCCUUUGUAGGAAGAAACGGGAAAGCUCUAGCAAGUAUUCUUCCCCAUCUCACGAGGCAAUACGGCAAUGAUGCUGAAGUAGAGAUGUUACUUCGGCCCCGUAUGCCAAUGAUACCCUCUGUGGGACGCCAGCAUUUGGAUUUAGACGCUGAUAUACAAGUCGACGCAGUCUCCUAUUACGAUUCUGAAGACAUCAUCGUAGAUGAGAAGAAUGAUUUCUCCCUGGAAGGCCAGCAUGAACAAGAGCGCCCAGCAUCUCACCCUUCGACUUCAGGGGUUGACUUCGCUCCUCAAGUUCAGGCACCAAGUUAUCGGAACACAAUGGCAGCUUCAGAUGUCUUUACCACAGCAGUGCCGACUAUUAGCAUUCCGCAAAUAGCAGUUGCAGAUAGUUCAUUUGCGCGGGUCAUAAGUGAGCCCUCAAUGGAAGCGAAAGGGCAAGAAGACAUCGCAAUGGACUUACGGGGACCAGAGUCGUCCGAUGAUGAAUCUGUUCAUCUCACAAUGGAACUUGACACAGACUCAGAGUCCGAAUGA